AUGAGUAGUAGUCAACAAUCAUUUAGAAAAGCAGCAAGUGCAAUCGUUGCUUUGAAAUGGGAGUUUAGCAAACCACCACCAUUCUCUGUUGUCGACAAGGUUAAACCACCAAAGAACUUUGAUUAUCGUAUUAUGAUGGUGAAGAGAUCACCAGACUUGCGAUCAUUCCCACAGGCACAUGUAUUCCCGGGUGGUGCAUUCGACAAGUCCGACGCAAGUCACCUCUGGACACAGUACUUGGGUACUGCAAACAUUGACCUAGGUCUACGUAUCACCGCAAUGCGUGAGGUAUUCGAAGAGACAAAUUUCUUUAUCGGUGGUGUCAACGAUACCAUAUUUGAAUCGCAAUCAGUCGAUACCGUUCAGAGUGCUCGUAACAUGGUAUUAAUGUGUAAUGUUAAACCAAGAAUAGAUAAUAUCAAUGAGUGGUCAAGAUGGAUCACACCCGAACAUCUUAAACAUAGAUUUGACACUUAUUUCUAUUUAGCACCAAUUUAUGGAUAUCCAUAUUCAGCUGUUGUGGAUGGUACUGAGAAUACACAUUUAGAUUGGUUUUCACCGGAGGAGGCACUCGAGGAGCACGAUCGAGGUACGAUAUUCUUGCCUCCACCACAGUGGUUGACAAUGUUACAGAUGUCGAGAUUCCACACGUUGGAAGAGCUGAUGGCAGAGUCGGCGGUACGUCAUCAACUCAAUACAGUGUACUCACCAACUUUCGUUAAGAGUAACAUCAACCAGAAACAACUUGCUAGUUACAAUGGUGGCAAGACAUUGAAACUCGCCAACGUCACCCAUGCACUCAACAACGAUCCACUCAACACCUCACAGCCAGGCAGUCAAGACCAGAAACAUCGUAUCAACAUUCAAAGUAAAACAGGUGAUAUCUCUGAUCCAAUAAGUUGGGUAUAUCAUUAUGAAAACAAUUUGAAAUCUCAUAUCGAUCAAGUUUUGGAUCAAUCCAUUUGUAAAUCAUAUAAACCAAUUAAUAGUAUAUGUCGUGAUUGA